CUUCCUGCGAGUAUAAAAGCCCGGCUCCUCGGGGCUAGGAGCAUCAGCAGUUCUCUGGAGCUCUAAGGAGAAACACGAAGAGUACUCCGGGUUCUCCAAGAUCUGUGAAUACAACGAACCAGCUGAGAAGUAAGAACGGUCAGGAUGCGACGCACAAGGCACGUUGCGCUGCCAGUCCGAGCUUGGCAGUAUAUCGGUCUUCUGAUAGUGUCUCUAGCUUGUCUAACGCUAGGGCUGGUCUCCAGGGAUAAGGAAGGUCGCGCAGGAAGUCUGGCAGGCCCUGAACUAGAGCACCGAGCUCCCCAUGAAGUGGAUGCCUGUCCAAACUCGAAUUUUUUCGCCAAGGUGCCUCCUUGCUCGAUCCUCGAGCAAGACCAUAGCAGAGAUCCAAAGAUGUCCGAAGAGACUGGUAUCGUCCAAACCAGUCCAACGUCGGCCAAUUCGAGGAUCUCUCGAUCGCGGACCCUGGAUCGCGACUCUCGAGCUCGGCUGCAGUCCCGAACAGACUUCAGGAGCGCGGAGAGAGUAGCUAGACAGGGAAUCAACAUUGACAACGAUUCUUCCAGACGUAUUCCAGAAGCUAAGCUCAGAACUAAGAGUCAAGACCGCGAGUCGAGACGUUCAUCUGAUCCUGCGACUCGUUUGUCUCGUUCCCUGAGCCUCGACGAUGCUCGUCGCGCUGCUAGAUCUCUGGACCGUAGAUCUCGAUCCACGGAAGGACGAUCGAUUGUCGUUGAUCGACGCGAGACUAGAGGAACUUCCCACUCGGUGGAUCGACGUAGAUCGACAGUCUUGGACCGCGACAAUCGGCUCGAAAUUCGAGUACGCAGAGUUCGUUCACUGGAACUUCAAAAACAGAAUCACCUGGAGCGCCAAGAUCGUCGAUCACCUGCUCGAACCUUGGCGAGACAGGAUCUCCGUCGCGACAGUCGAGCAAACUCUGAAGAAAAUCGACGGAACUCUGUUGCUUCGAGGGGCCAAGACAGUAGAUCUCUGAUCCGAGCAGUCGACAAUUCUAGGCGAUUCGAGAGGACCACAGAGAGUUCUCGGAUGGGCAGGCAAGCGUCUCGAUCCCUGGAUCGUCGAGAAUCACGCACAGUGAGUGACUUUGCUAACCAGGGAUUGUCAAGGAGGUUAACGAGCAUGGAAGGUCGCAGAGCGAGCAGAUUGCAAUCCAGAAACAAUGAAGCUUCUCGAGAACGAGAGUCCCUUGCACGACCUAUGGAACUUAGGUCUACUGAAUCUCGACAAGAAAGGAACUCGAGAAACGCUGAAAGAGGGAACCGUGUACAGUUUACAACCAGACGCGAUUCUAGGUCGAACCAGGAUUAUAGGAUGGACAACUCGAGGCAACGAGAAGAAAGUCGGGUGCGUCUAGCUCGUGAGAUGCGGGACACUCGAACUCAACUUGUUGGACAAUCUGAGACUGCUAGACGCGACUUGGAACGACGUGUCAGGGAUGUAUCUAGUGAAAGGAGAGCCACUAUCUUAGAAUCUGUAAAUAAGGAAAACGUUAGGACUGAUCGUCGUCUCCUAGGAAGAUCUAGGAGUGAUAAUUUAGAACGACGUGAGAAUACAGGUAAAUUGAACUUACCUCGAGAAUCUCGAACUCUUCUUGCCAGGUCAACUGAGACUACUAAACGCGACUUCGAGCACCGAAUAAGAAGCUUAUCCAACGAUCGACGAUCCUCUGAAAGAAGAUCUACCGUUUCCGAAUCUGCAAAUCGACAAAAAAUCAGAACUGAUCGACAUCUUUCGGAACGCUCUAGACUCAAUAGCGUAGAACAUCGCGAAAGGACCAAUAGACAAUACAUUGCUUUAGAAACUCGAAAUCAUGUUGCUAGAUUAUCGGAAACUUCUAAACGCGGCUUGGAACGACAUGUAAGGGAUCUUUCAAACGAUCGACGGUCUUUAGACCAAAGAUCCACUGUUCUGGAGUCUGCAUAUCGCCAAGAAGUCAGAAGUGAUCGACGCCUUUCUGAACGCUCUAGGUUCAAUGGUGCAGAACGACGCGAGAGGACAAAUAAACAAUACAUUGCUCUAGAAUCUCCAACUCCUGUUGUCAAGUCAUCUGAGACUGCUAAACGCGAUUUGGAGCGACGAGUGAGAGACUUGUCUAACGAUCGACGAUCCUCUGAAAGGAGAUCUACCGUUCUGGAGACUCCACGUCGCCAAGAGGUCAGAACUAAUCGACUCAUGUUAAAACGUUCAAGCCUCGACAAUGUAGAACGACGCGAGAGGUCAAACAAAGUGCUCGUAGCUCGAGAAUCCCGAAAUCGUCUUUUCAGGUCAGCCGAAACUGCUAAACGCGACUUCGAACGACGUGUCAGGAAUGUAUCUAGCGAACGGAGAGCCACUAUCAUAGAAUCUGUAAAUAAGGAAAACGUUAGGACUGAUCGUCGUCUCUUAGGAAGAUCUAGGAGUGAUAAUUUAGAACGACGUGAGAAUACAGGUAAAUUGAACUUACCUCGAGAAUCUCGAACUCUUCUUGCCAGGUCAACUGAGACUGCUAAACGCGACUUCGAGCGCCGAGUAAGGAACUUAUCCAACGAUCAACGAUCCUCUGAACGAAGAUCCACUGUUCCUGAAUCUGUAAGUCGACAAGGUAUCAGAACUGAUGCCUUUGAACGGCGGGAGAGGACAAAUAAAUUGUACUUAGCUCGUGAGUCUCGAAUUCCUCUUGCCAGAGUAUCUGAGACUGUGAAACGCGACUUGGAGCGACGAGUGAGAGACUUGUCUAACGAUCGACGAUCUUCUGAAAGGAGAUCCACUGUCUUGGAGUCUGCUAAUCGCGAAGAACUCAGAAGCGAACGUCGUCUCUCGGAACGAUCUAGGCUAAACAGUGUAGAACGUCGUGAGAGAGUGAAUAAACAGUACCUUGCUGUGCAAUCUCGAUCUCCUCUUGCCAGGUCAUCAAAAAUUUCUAAACGUGAUUUAGAGCCACGUGUACGGGAUCUCUCAAGCGACCGACAUUCCUCAGAACGGAGGUCCAUUGUCCUGGAAUCUGUAAAUAAACAAGACGUUAGGACUGAUCGACGUGAAAGGACAAACAAAUUGCACUUAGCUCGUGAAUCUCGAUCUCUUCUUGCCAGGUCAGCUGAAAUUUCUAAACGUGAUGUGGAACGUCGAGUAAGGAACUUAUACUCUGAAAGGAGAUCAGCUUCCUCCCAAUCUGAAAAUCGACAAGAAGUUAGAAACAAUGGUCGUCUCUCUGAACGCUCUAGGCUCGACAAUUUAGAACGACGAGGGGGAACAAACAGACUCUCCUUAGCUCGUGAAUCCCGAAUUCCUUUUGCUAGAUCAUCUGAAGUUCUUACACGCAAUUUGGACCUACGUCGAGUACGCAACGGAUUCAGCGAUCGGAGAUUGGAACGUGAACAGUUGGUUAAUACCAGAAGGUUCUCUAGAGCUACUGUUCUCGAAUCUUUAAGUAGAGCAGAUGUAAGAAGCAAUCGCCGUCUCUUGGAGGAGAAGCUCGAGCGACGAGCUCUGGGUUCGAAUUCGCUGCGACAGGGAUUCAACAUUAACCGUUUGCGACAGGCUCGCGCUAUUAUUUUGACAAACGAUCUUCGAUCGAACCAGAGAAGACAAAGACUGACCGAAAGGACCCGCGCAACCCUACGAAGCAGGCUUCAAAGCGACGUUAAACGAUCUCGUUUUGUAGACCUGGAGCUUACCCGAUUCGCAGACAAGGCUUCUCGUAGCUAUUUAAAUUUGAAGGAUUCGAUGGACUUGUACUCUCUUCGCAAACAAGUUACAUCAUCCCAUGUUCCUGGCAUCUCUGCUAAUAAUCGUUCCUCUGCGUCGCGAGAGACAAUCUCCAGCAGUAUCAAUAAUGCUCUAGAUUACCUGGAAGAAAAGAGUUUCAUAAAGAAUGCUUUGUCCUUUGAAAUAAUACGCCAGGCACUCGUAAUCGGCCUUUGCACGCUGUACAGCCUCUCCAUCUUCCAAGGAAAGCGAUCUUUCAUUAGUAACGUUGCGAUACGGAUGCCACGCUUUAUCCUAUGAUAGACGAACAAGCUCGUCCACCCGUCCAGAAGAAACAACGAUCCGCUACUAUCACAGCUUGCUUCUAGUCGUUGUUCCAGCGUAAUAGUUCCGCGCGUUGUAUCGUCAUGUACUUACAAUGUUUAACCUCCUGUAUAUUAAUGUACAGCUAAUGUGUAUCCUAUUUAGACAGAAAUGUAUCGCAUGUAUCUAAAAAGAUAUAUUUUGUCCGAAUAAAUUGUUCAAAAGAAAA